UUAGAGUCUCCACUAGCAACAGUUGUUAUUUACCUCUGCAUGACCAGAUGGGUGCUUGGAAUUAACAUCUACAGUAUGCUGACAUGAGUUAUAACAGCACACCAGGAGUGGAAGGAAAAGCUUGACAUCUCACUUAAUCGGAUAUUGUAACAAUUUUCUCAGAAGCAGGCAUUGUGUAACAGGUUGGGACUGACUAUUAAAUGCAUUUCAGGCUUCUUAUGACCACUGCUGAAGCUAAACGAGAACAAGAAAUAGGACACAGGAACACCUAACCAGCAAAUACUGUUUUCUCCUCUGAUUGAGUGCUUUUCAAAUAUAACCGAGGAAGAAAUGACUUUGCAAUGGAUAAAGAUUUUUGCUUAUUCGUCAAUGUGUGUCACCUUUGCUGUAGGCAUACCCAUGAACUCCCACACAUCUUAUAAUAUUACAGAGGGUGAAGAAACAUCUCGCAACAAGUGUGCCGACUUCAACAGCACCACUUGGCUGGAAUACAGUCAAGGCACCAAGCUCAUGGUUCAAUACCUUCUGCUUACACGACAGAAUGCAAACUGUGCCAGUCUCUUCUCACAGGACUGCCUCAAUCAUACACAGAAACAUACCGCAUACUUCAACUCAUCACUCCCCACUAAAGUCAUCGUUCAUGGAUACAGGGCCCUGGGCAGUAAGCCCUCUUGGGUAAGUGGUGUAGCCCAGGCGCUGCUGCAGGAGGAGGAUGUGAACGUUCUGGUGGUGGACUGGGUCUACAGAGCAUCAUUCGCUUAUAACCUGGUGGUAGAGAACUACAAGGAGGUGGCAGUGCAGAUAUCAGUUCUUAUUAAUCAACUUACAAAGUAUGGAAGCACGCUGGAGUCUUUUCAUUUCAUUGGUGUGAGUCUAGGAGCACAUGUGUCUGGAUUUGUGGGGACCCUGUUUGAAGGCAAGCUGGGUCGAAUCACAGGUCUGGACCCAGCGGGCCCAAUGUUCAAGAGCGCUGAUCCGUAUGACCGUCUGGAUUCAUCCGAUGCUUUGUUUGUUGAGGCCAUCCACACAGACUCUGACUACUUUGGUAUAUCCAUUCCUGUCGGGCAUGUGGACUUCUUCUUAAAUGGUGGCAUGGACCAAGCAGGGUGUGCACGUUCAAGAUUUGCUUCGAUUUUCAUCUACUUUCCAGUGUAUGGUUAUGUCAUAUGCGACCACAUGAGGGCGCUGCACGUCUACAUGAGUUCACUGAAUGGCUCCUGUCCACUCGUUGGCUUCCCCUGCUCCAGUUAUGAAGAAUUCCUGGCAGGAAAGUGCAUCAGCUGUGAUGGUCACUUCAAUGGCACAUGCCCACAAAUAGGCUUAUUAAAGAACAGUGGGAUAACAGCGUCUCCCCUACCAAAUCAAGAGAAAGUCUAUCUUCUGACCUCUGCUGCCGCUCCAUAUUGUGCACAUCACAUCCUUGUGGAGUUGAAGGUUUCUCCAUUAGAUAAGACUGGUGAAGUUCAGCUCACCCUGGUCUCCACAGGACUCCCUGAGACAGAGAUAAAACUCAAACUAAAUACAGAUGAAACACAAUUUAAAAAGGUCACUGCACACCCAGAGCAGUUGUGCAAAAUUGACUCAGUGCAGCUAAAAAACAUCGGAGGACGAUUCUACAGACAAGGCGAAAUUCACUUUGAAUAUAUAUGCAUCUCUGAAAUUCCUCAGACCAGAGGCAUAGAUCCAUUGUGUGUGAAAAACAUUAACAUCAGAAGAGGAGUUUUGUGGGCACAUGAUUUUGUUCAAGUUUGUUAAAUCAAAUACCUGCUUAGGAGACCUGAUGCAAUAACCAACUUCUAAAGAUUUGUGAGACUGAACCACAUUCACUAAAAACCAACACACUCAAUGACACAAAAAGAUACAAGAGAACUGAGGUAGUUAAACUCUGUUGAAGAUUUAUUUGUGUUUUCAUGAAGUGGCACAGUUUAGCCUUUACAGUAUGUAAAAUAAAAUUUCAUUUUCUUCUGUUGUGCACAGUUCCAGUAAGUGUAAGAGUAGAAUUUCAGCAGAGAGAAAUUUAAUGCAUAUAUUUCCAUUGCGUACUUUUAGAUUCGAUAGGCAGCAAUGAAUUACAGAAAUAGGGUUCUUAAUGACAGCUGGUCAUUUAGAAAAUAAUAUAUGUUCUCUAAUAUACUGUGUUACAUUCUCAUAAUUAAAGGUUUUCGAGUAACAUUUCUGCAUUCUCAUGAGAUUUUCUGAACUGUACCGUAUAAAUUAUUUUAAAAACCUGAAUCUGUUUCUUACUGACAAUGAGAAACAAUGCUAAGAAAGGCAGCUUUAGAGUCACUUUAUCAAGCUUGAUAAACAGUUGGCCCCAUGAAAAUACAUAAUCAUCAUAAUAUGAUCAGUAUACAGUCCCAUAUUUUCAGUUAUCAGUGCAUGAUGCUGUAGCGUUACUCAUUAUAUUAUAACAUUAUAUUAUUGUUUGUAUUAUAUUGACCAUUUUGUAUAAAACUAAUUACUUAUCUAUCAAUGGACCUGCUAAACUUCUAUUUAAACUUUGUUUUGCCCGUUUUCACAGACAAAGCUUAAGGCUAGUCCAAGACUAAAAUGAAUGUUUGAGCUGUCUUAACUGAAAUAACUUGCCCUAAAUUAUCUUAAAAUAUGUCAGUGCCAUUUUUUUGUCUCGAGAGGCACACCAGUAACGUUUUUUUUACUAAGACAUUUUUACAAAAGCAACUAAAUAUACCAAUUUAACUAAGGGUUAGUCCUGGCUUCAGCUAAGCCCUGUCUGUGAAACCGGGCCUUUGUGUGUUGUACACAAGCGAAAUCCUCCUUCGUGCCUUAUAAAGUCAUUGUUUUAAGUGUUCCAAACAGAUUAAACUAUAAUAUACACAUGCCUACACAAAUACAUAAAACACUCAUGCUGAAAUCACAACAUUGUGGAAUCAUGUUUGUCUGGUAAAUCUGUUUUGAGAGGUUUGAUGAAGGUUUGUGAACAUUGUUUUGUCCUGUAACUGUCCUUAAAAGUACAUACAGUAUAGAGGAAUCCUUCACUGUGCAUUAUUGUAGUUGGUAACGGCAGAGAAAGUAA